GAAAUCUCCCGGAAAUACGUUUCCUUGUUCACGAACCGCAAUACGGUCUAAUCAUCAUUGACAUUCGACUGCCGGGACGGCUUCGUCUCAAGGCACACCUUUUCACGUGGAAAGUCUGCGUAUCGAGACAAGCACCGGAUAUACAGACCGAACACAAGAACAGGAAUAGGGAGGGCAUGUAUGCACUUCUCUAUGUAAACCCUGCAUAUUGCGGCUAAUCUGUGGGUAACCGAACGUUCGGAUAUGACCCAUGGAGUCAGGGCAUAUGGGCGGUUCCAUCGACACGAACCCUGAUCUGAAUAUCAUCACCACCUUGAAGCACAUACUCUUCAAUACGGAAGACAUCCAACAACUCUUGCCACCCAUCACCAAGUGGCAAGAAACCGAGACCAAACUCCUGACUCUGCACCAACACCGACUUCACGCCGCAGCAUCGGCCUACUCCUGGACCGCAGUCUGCGAGCACCUCGAACGCCAUGAUUCGAUUCCGCGGCUGAGACACGCCAUCGUAGAAGCUUCUGCGCAGUACCAAAAGCCAGAGAAGGGUAUGAUCAAGGACGUGCGAAUACGGAUCUUGAUAGACCAUGACGGCCACAUUCGAGCGGAGGGUACCCCCAUGGGCGAGCCAAAGGUCCUUGAGACUCUCCGCAACGACACCCUUCUCCACAUUCCACUAGAUGCACGCUCUUCAGGUUUCUCGCCAGAUUCUCGCUACUCGAUAGUAUCCGUGGACUCCUUGCCCACGACGCCGGGUCGGUAUACCAUGUACAAGACUACAUACCGAGCUCCGUGGGACAGGGCACGUGAGAGAACAGGCAUCACCAAAUGCGCGCCUGGCGAGCGGGAAGUGCUCCUAUUCAAUCCUAAGCACGAGAUCAUGGAGGCCAGUCUCUGCACUGUGUACUUCUACCGUCAACGGCAAUGGGUCGUACCAGCUUCAGAUACCGGUGGUAUGCAGAGUGUCACGAAAACAUGGGCGCUCGAAGCUGGGCUCUGUGUAGAAGGACUGAUCAAAGUUGAUGAACUUCAGGAUGGCGAAGCUGUCUGGCUUAGCAAUGCGCUCAGAGGAUUUUUCCCUGGCAAGAUUCGUCUAUGAAUGCUAUGACGCACAGGCAUCAGACAGAUGCUAAUGUGGCCUCAAGUACCGGCUGUUGCAGUCUCGACACAGUUUCAGCUCACAAGACUAUAGUGCACCUCAGGCGCCACAUUGAAACCAUGGCCCCAGGCCAUAUCAGUCACUUUCCACCACCUCGCCCUUGAUGUGCGGUCAAAUGGAUCCGC